GUCUAAAAACAAAACACAAUGCUGACAGGCUUCCUGUGUCAUCGCAGCACCAUCCCCGGAAGUGACUGAGCCUACGCACUGACUGUCAGACAGCCGCUGCCCCUCUAAAAUCUCACGGUGUGGUACAGUCCGAACCAACAACAGCCUCAACAGCAGACCGGUCUACACAGCAGCAAGAGGGGGAAGAUGCUGCAUUGCUGUGGAGAGAGAGACUGUACACUCUGGUCAUCAGACCCCUCAUCGUAGUCGGCUUACUCGGGUGUGGACUGCCUUUCAUAGUGUUUGUCAUUUUUGAAGUCCCUUGUCCUUGCCAGUGCUGCAGGAAGCUCCCAGAGGAGGAGAAACAGCCUCAGGAACCAGCAAAGGUGUCGCUUUGGAAUUGCCUGUCAGGAAAGCUGAAAGUCACUAGAGAAGAAAACGCAUCCCGGGCCACAGCCAGAGUCCAGGAGAUUGUGAUUAUCCACGAGACUUUCCUCUAGAGGAUGAGCAGACAGGCACGUGGAAGCUGUUCCUUUUGGAGUCAUAGAGAAAGACUACAUUUCUCUUUUCUGAGAGAUUUGCUUUGAACGUUUGAGACUGAAAUUCAAAGAGAACAACGAAGUCAUGUUUGAGAAACAAUACAAUUCAUUUCCCUCUGUACUGUCUGGUAAAUGGCUAACGUGAGCACUUUCAAGUGAAGUAACUUGCUGCCCAGAUACAAAUACUCAUCUUAACUCACCUCAACUCUGCCUCAAUCAUAGCAGUGCAAUGGGGCCAACUUGGAAAAGCAAACGCUUCAUAUUCAUGAGAAACACUCAGGCCCUUCCUCCAAUGAGAACUGGCCGUAAAAUGGAUGGACAUGAAACGAUUCCAUUUGAUUUCACCUAAACUUUGAACCCAUUAUGAAAAUGAUGUGGCGACGGGAAAUCUGAAUAAACAUGAAUUGGUUUCCUUCCUUUAAAUCUAAAAACCUCAUCAAAAGAACUGGCUCAGCUGACUCUUAUCACCUUAUCUAUGUAAUUGUCACAUGUAGAUUUUUAUAUACCUUUAUUGUACCAGCAAGGUGGUUUUUGUUUCCACAAUGGUAAUGGAAACAAACCCAUAAAAUAAUUUGCCUGGUAAAGAAUUGGAAUUGCUGUGUUGUGAAGGGUAAUAAAAAUACCUGUGUUUGCCAUUGAGUUUCACAAGAAGCGUCUUCCGCCAGCCUGAAACGCGCUGCUCCGUCUGUUUUAACCAGACUCUUAUCCCCAACGUUGUUUCCAGCAAAACAUUUUUGGAUGUUUUUCUGACAGGAUUUCAAUCAAUGGACAGGUGGGAUUGAAAGGUAGUAAAGGCGGAGGAAAACAAAACAGACGCGUGCUUCUGGAGAUACGGAGAAAGAAGAGAAGAUACUUUUAAUAAUACAGCUACUACAUCAGGACAAAGAGAAGCAAACUGAAGGCAUGCGUGCUGUCUGAGCCGGUAUCUGCAAUGUCUUCCUCCCUCUCGCAGUACACGAUCGGCGGGGUGAAGAUUCUCUUCCCCUGCAAGGCUUACCCCUCUCAGCUGGCGAUGAUGAACUCGAUUGUCAAAGGACUGAAGUGCCAUCAGCACUGUUUGUUGGAGAGCCCCACUGGCAGUGGAAAGAGCCUGGCUCUGCUAUGUUCAGCCCUGGCAUGGCAGCAAGCUCAAUACGACAAGCCGUCGGGAGAGGACUCCAGUGCUCGUGAAUGUAAGCGGGAGGAAGAGGAGAGUUCCUCGCCGUGCCGGUGUUCGUGUCACACAGCGAGACCGCCUGACUCUAACCCUGCAGGAGACGGGCGCGCCGCUGCCUUCGGGACGGACUGCAGAACAUCGCCCGCUGCAAACGGGACCCCCGCGCUAGGAAAGAAAGGUGUCUCCCCAGAGGAGUGCAAACUGAAGACCACGCUGGCUGCCAGGCUGUCUGCGAGGAUGCAGGCGUCCUUCCAUGAGGACGACGACAAUGACUUUCAGCAAGACAGGAAACGGAUCCGCACCCCAGCAAGUGACCACAAGGCGAGGAAGAGGCGCUGCCUGGAUAAGGGGGUGCAGUUCAUUGAUGAUGAGGAGGAGCUCGGGGGUCCUGCUCCGCAGCAGUGGACAGUGGAGCUGAGCACACAGGCAGAGCCAGCCAGUCCCCUGCCAGCAGCACACACAGCAUCCCCUGGCCCGUGCUCUGUGUGCCCCUGUGCCUCCACCAAGCUGAAGCAGAAGGACUCAGACUGCUGUGCCAAAGACAAGGAGAACAGCGGGGGUGGGAAGCAGCAGGUCCCGAAAAUCUUCUUUGGGACCCGCACUCACAAGCAGAUCUCCCAGAUCACACGGGAGCUGCGCAGGACGGCAUACUCCAGCGUCCGGAUGACCAUCCUCUCCAGCCGGGACCACACCUGCGUCCACCCUGAGGUGUCGGCAGGGGGGAACCGCAACGAGAAGUGCAGGGAGCUGCUGGAGGCCAAACAUGGGAAGUCAUGCCGUCCCUACCACAGCGUCCACAAGAUGCGAGAGCAGAACACCCUGCAGUGGGUCCACGGGCUGCACCAGGCCUGGGACAUCGAGGAGCUGGUGGGUCUGGGCAGGAAGCUGCGCUCCUGUGCGUACUACGCGGCUCGAGAGCUCAUGCAGGAGGCGGACAUCGUCUUCUGUCCCUACAACUACCUGCUGGACCCACAGAUCCGGGAGAGUAUGGACAUCAGUUUGAAAGGCCAGAUUGUGGUGCUGGAUGAAGCUCACAACAUCGAGGACUGUGCCCGAGAGGCUGCCAGUUACACUGUGACCCAGGCCCAGCUGCUGUUCGCCCGCGAGGAGCUGGACAGCAUGGUGACCCACAACGUGCGCUGCAGCGAUCACGGGCCGCUGAGAGCCCUCUGCUACAGCCUCACCAACUGGGUUGAAGAGAGCUCUGCCGCUCUUGUGGAGAGGGAGUAUGAAUCCUCCUGCAAGGUCUGGGAUGGCAAAGAGAUCCUCAAGGUUUUCCAUGGCUUGGGGAUAACAGAGGCCACCUUUCCCAUCUUGCAGAAACACCUGGCUGCUGUGCUUGAGAAGGAAGAGAAGCUCAGCCUGGUGAAUGGGAAGGAGGAAUCUGUGCCGGUCCCCACUGUCAGCUCACAGUCUCAGAUGGUGCUCAAAGGUCUCUUUGUGGUGCUCGAGUUCCUCUUCCGAUACAACUGCAGGUUUGCAGAGGAUUACAGAGUGGCACUCCAGCAGACUUACACCUGGAAUAACCAACCAGACCUUCCUGAUGCAAACGGCUUCUUCGCCCGCCCCAGGAGAAUACAAAGUGCGCGUAAGAAGACUCUGGUGUACACGCUGAACUUCUGGUGUUUGAACCCUGCAGUGGCCUUUUCUGACCUGAGCGGCACUGUCCGCACAAUCGUGCUGACGUCCGGCACUCUGUCCCCGAUGGGAUCCUUCUCGUCUGAACUCGGGGUGAAGUUCUCAAUCCAGCUGGAAGCCAGUCACGUCAUUAACAAGUCGCAGGUGUGGGUUGGCACGAUCGGGGCGGGGCCCAGGGGGCGGAAGCUGUGCGCUACGUUCCAGCACACCGAGACCUUCGACUUCCAGGAUGAAGUGGGUGGAUUGCUGCUCAACGUCUGCCAGGCUGUUCCCCACGGAGUCCUGUGCUUUCUGCCUUCAUACAAGAUGUUGGACAAGUUGCGAGACCGCUGGGUGCACACGGGUUUAUGGGACAAGCUGGAAGAGAUAAAGACGGUCGUUACUGAGCCCAAAGGAGGGGACAAGAACGACUUUGACGAGCUGCUGCAGACCUACUACGAUGCAAUCAAACAGAAAGGAGAAAAAGAGGGAGCACUGCUGAUUGCAGUGUGCAGGGGUAAAGUAAGCGAGGGGCUGGAUUUCACAGACGAUAACGCCCGCGCCGUGGUGACCAUAGGAAUACCCUUCCCCAACAUCAAAAACCUUCAGGUGGAACUGAAGAGGAAGUACAAUGACCAGCAUUGCAGGACGCGCGGGCUCCUGCCAGGCAGCCAGUGGUACGAGAUCCAGGCUUUCCGAGCUCUCAAUCAGGCGCUGGGCAGGUGUAUCCGACACAAGAACGACUGGGGAGCCCUGAUUUUGGUUGACGACCGUUUCAGAUGCAACCCUAACAAGUACAUAACAGGUCUGUCCAAAUGGGUUCGUCAGCAAGUCCAGCACCACCCGAGCUUCAGCAGUGCUCUGCAGUCUCUGGUCUCCUUCUCCAAGGGACACAGCGAGGCCCCUGCAUGCUCUGUGCAGGGUGGAAGUCCGGAGAUGCAGAGGCAGCUCUCUUUAAAGAAUCUGUCCCCCGUGGACAACUCCGACGCAUGCGAGACAACUGGCCAGCGAUCCCCUGAGGCCACCACACAGGCUGCACCUGACCUCUACGAGAGAGAAGCACAGCCGAGGGACAUCGACGGCAAGCCUGCAGCCCCUGCAAGAAAGGACUUCAAACCUUAUCAAACAGGUAGCCGGAUGUGUAAACAGCAGCAGCAGGUUCAGUCUCCACCCUCCACCGUCCCGUCCAGCAGCUCCAGCUCCAGGAGAAGAGUUUCAGCAGGCUGUUCAGCACAGGGGAAAGCCAGGCUGGGCAGCAGCAGCAGCAGCAGCAGAAUCACUCAGGAGACCAUCCAGCAGUUUUUCAACCUGCCACUGACGUCCACGCCCCUGCCGACCUCGUUCAGGAAGCCCCUUUUCCAUUCCAGCGCUUCAAACAAAGACUCCCGGGGAGGCUGUCAACGCGGGUCUGCUACAGAAGCCAAAGCAACGUCCCUGACCAGUAAAGAAAGGACCAGGUUUCCUGAUGAGGAGGAAAGCCAGGUGAAGUGUGCAGGUGAGGGUCAGGCUACAGAAGCAUCCGGUGUCCUGGAGCUCUCACCAGUCAAAGUGCCGGGCGGCUGUACCCCCCUGGAAGUGCCGGAGGAGGAGGAGGGUGAGGAUCAGAGCAUCUUCUUCACCCCUGAGUUGUUUCAGGAAGAAGGUGAUGAAGAGACUGAGGAGGACAGCUCUAAAACCAUAGAGAACACACACACGAGUGGAGAGACUCUGCACCUUCCAAACUCAAACGCAGCAGCCCGGGGUUUAUCUGAAGACCUUUUCCUGUCUAAUAAGGACCCUGCAUUGCUGAGCGCGCUCAGUGAGGAGGGGCACUGUGGUGCUGGCAGCAGGAAUGCAGUCGGCACAGACUUUAAAACUGUAGGGCGAGAAGACUGGAAUAGGAGAAGCUGCCAGGGGAAUGUGGAUCUAGAAGAGUGUAGUGUGACUGACAGGCAGACAAAGAGCAGGACUCGUAGGCUGUCCAGGGUUAGAAAUAAAGGAGCUUCAUUAGCAGGUAAUAGUGAAACCAUCUCCUUACUCUCCCAGCACGCAGGUGAUGAGGCCGAAGUAAUAGAAAUAUUCUAAUUAUAAUGAGUGGCUUUUCUGUGUUCUAGAAUACAAAUCCAGAGUUCAAGCCUUUGCAGAUAUCAAUAUAUAUAUUUUUUUUCUUUAGUUCAUUUUGACACAGGUCAGGUACAGUAUUGUGUGGCUUGGCGUGGAAUCAGACACUUUGUCUCUCUUGGUUUGUUUUAUGGCCAGUACGUAAUGAAACUUGUAGAGUACUAUUUAUUUCCCGUCAUUAAAGAAGAUCAUGUAUUUGUGUUUUUCCUCAAAUGCAAACAUGCACAGUUUUAAUGAGCUCUGUAGACUCACUACUGCACACAUAACUAGGCAUGACUGGGCUUCAUUCAAAGACAAUACAUGGAAACAAAGUGAUGUUUCCAAAUAGCUUCAUUUUAGACCUUAAUCUUAAAUACUGUCAUUUUAUACUAUUAGUUUUUUUUUCCCUGUGGUGCACUGAUUCUGAAUUCAAAACACACUACACAUAGAUAUAAUUCCAUAGAUUUUUAUCAUAAUUGAAACUGUUUUGUAAGAUUUCUGUAUGUGAUCUAUCUGGAUCAGGUAAACUGCAAGUUGGAGAAAAAUGUGAACACAGUUGAAUGAUAAACAUGAUAAUGUGUUUUCAAUAGAUAAACACAUAUAAUAAAAAUUUAAAAAAAACAAGGUAUUUGAAUGCAGA